CCGUUUCCGUUCUUGCGCACAGUGCCAGCAACAGACAAGCCUAAGAGGGUGGUGCUUUUGGAACGGCUGUUGCAUUCGGGCUUGUUAGUGUUGCAGAGAUGGAUUCUACUAGUUUAUCACCAAGCCCUGCCAACACAUCAGAGUGCCCAUCGGCGACGCAGCAGCAGCAGGGUGAGGUGUCCGAUUUAAACGCACUCGUGAAGGAGGUGCUGGAGUUCGACGAAGACGAAGAUUUGGAAGUUUUUAGUAAGGAUGCAACGUUUACAGAUGCAAGUUCAUUCAGCACUUCUCUGCCUACAUCACCUUCAUCCAUGAUCAAUCAUUACAAGUUUGAAGAGGAGUUAGAUGCUACGGACAUUUUCAUCACAGUUGAUGACCCAGAAAGUCAUGUUACAACCAUUGAAACUUUUAUUACUUACAGAGUUACUACAAAGACCACUCGCAGUGCAUUUGAUGCAAGUGAAUAUGUAGUUCGAAGACGUUACCAAGACUUUCUUUGGCUAAGAGGCAAGCUUGAAGAGGCAUAUCCAACGCUAAUUAUUCCUCCAUUGCCAGAGAAGUUCAUAAUGAAGGGAAUGGUGGAACGAUUUAAUGAAGAGUUCAUUGAAACACGUAGAAACGCACUACAUAGAUUUUUAAACAGAAUAGCCGAUCAUCCUACUUUAACUUUUAAUGAGGACUUCAAAGUUUUUCUCACAGCACAGGCAUGGGAGUUAACCGCUCACAAAAAGCAAGGCCCUGGCUUGCUCAGUAAAAUGGGUGAAACAGUGAGAUCCAUGGCUGCUAUAGUUAGAGGAGUAAAAAAUCGUCCCGAGGAGUUCACUGAAAUGCUCGAGUAUAUUGAAACAUUUGGGCAGAAAGUGGGACUGCUUGACAGAAUCUCUCAACGGAUUUUGAAGGAACAAAAGGAUUAUUUGGUCGAACUGAAAGAGUACAGCCCUGUUUAUACCUUGUGGUCAGGCUCGGAGGAUGAGUUAAUGGACUCGCUCAAAGGUGUUGCUAGCUGCAUCGAUAAGUGCUGUAAAUGUGUUGAAGAAAAGAGCCCAGGCCUCUCGGAAAACCUUAUUCCCUUACUUCAUGAAUAUACUCUGUGUGCUGAAAUGUUGAAGGCUGUUCUAAAGCGGAGAGAUCAGAUCCAGGCAGACUAUGAGUCCAAAGUGGAAUCCUUGAACAGUAAGAAGACAGAAAAUGAAAUGCUGCAAAACUCAGAUGUAAACUUUACAUUUGGUGCUCUCCUGGGAAAGAGCAAAGAAGAAAUGAGACAACAGAAGCAGCAGAAGAUAUGUGUGGAAAUUAAAGAGGUCACUGAAGAAAUUGGAAGACUUGAAGAUAAACUUGAAUGUGCCAAUAGUGCCCUAAAAGCUGACUGGGAAAGGUGGAACCGCAACAAGAAGAAUGACGUUAAAUCUGCUUUUCUUGAAAUGGCUGACAAAAAUAUUACUUACUAUGAAAAGUGCCUUGCUACAUGGGAAUCCUUUGUUACUUCACAGAAAAAUGAACUUAUUGUAGAGAAUGAACAUGAAGAUGGCUCCUAGAUGCAUUUUUCAUUGUACCUCUAUAGAAGAGACAACCAAAGCACCCCACUGCAUUCUAUGUCAGCUGCAUUAUAAGGCUACUGUGUUGUGGUUUUACAUCUGCAGCAAAGUGUUACAACUUAAAAGGGCAGACAAAGAAAAGACCAAAUUCUUGGGGCAUUCCGUUCUUUUUUUUCCAAAGGUACUUGGUUAUCACUCAACAUGGCUUGCAUGUAGGUUCAUUAUUUUAUCCACCGCUGCUAUUCAUUUAAUCAUGUUUGAACCACAUUUAAGUUUCUUUCUUAAGCUGAAAGCCAUGGUAUUUUUUCAGUAUGAAUGAACAUGGUUAGAUUUUCCUUUGGCAAGAAAGUGCACUUAAAUGGAAGCUAGUCAAACUGAACUUUAAAUACCAGUUUGUUUUGCCUUAACACUAAUAAUUGUAUCUUAUACUUUGCUUGACUGAAGAAUUUUUAGUAAACAUGUAGUGUAUUUUUUUAUUUAGAAUUAAAUGUAAACUGAAGUAAGGCUGGUCACCUGUAAAUGGUGGCUUUUACUAGUAAGCAUCGCAGCAACAUAAGUACUUUUCAAAGAAUAUAAUUACUGUUGUGGGAAAGAAAAAUGUCAACAAACCUCUUUACUGUGCCAUUUUAUUUAUGGAAACCCAACCCUUUCCUGACAGAUUUGAUAGUCCUACGUUUUUGUAAGAAUUAAAUUAUUCAUAUUUAAAUUGGAUUCAAAACACAACCAAAUAAAAAUAGAAUUUUGUACAUAACAGUGUUACAUACAGUGUGCUAAAAUACCUUUUGCAUAGUUAUAUUACAUUACCUGUUUAAUACUGCUUUGCACAUAUAGUGAGAACACAUGAACAGAGUCAAAUGAGUGCCUAUUUGCUUGCUACAAAUAAAUUUAUACAUUUUGUUAAAAUGAUAAAGUGCCAAUAAUUGCAUUACAUUGUCUCUUAUAAAUGUACAUUGAAAUGAUUUUAAGUAUUUGUUUUCUUGACUACCUUAAGCCUUUGCUGGAACAGCAGGAAGAUACUAAAAUUAAUUAUAAAAUUUCUUUACGAGACUGUAUUCAGCAGUCUGAAAUGAAGCAUAUUUAUUUUCCUCUUAGGAAAUAUUGAACCCUCCUGCUUUUAAACUAGCAUGAAUAACCCAGUAGAUAAAAUCUUAGUCUUGUAUUAAAUAAUGUAUUCCAAGAAGUACAGAUGCUCAUUUUGGGGUAUAUGUUGUAUUAAUUAUGACAACCCAUUUCUUUGUAAUGUUUGAUACAUCGCUGUGGUGCAACAGAAUACAUUUCUUUCUUUGUCACUUAUACUACACCUGUUCAAUAUGAGUAAUUUUUGUUUCUAGAAGUAUUUGACAUUGUAGUUUAACUUUUAGAUGUCCUUCCAUGUCACUGUUGCAGUAUUUUUUUCAAUAGGGAUUCCGUGCCUAGUGCAGCCUGAUGUGCAGCCGGUAUUCCAAAGCCUGUAGGUUGUAAUGGGUGCGCCAUACGUCUCACGUAUGUUCCCUGUGCACAACAUAGUUAUAAGGGUGACAUCCAUAUUUACCAUCCUGAGAACUUUUGCCGCCAGUCCAAAUGCCAUCUUCAGUCAUCGGUCUAAAUCCAUGUUAUCUGCUGGUUACCAAGCACUUUCAGUUAAGUGCCUCAUUGUUUUUUUUUUGUUUUUCUUAACACUGUUUUGACUUGUUCUGGUUGUUGGUUUCAUGUCAUCCAGAAAGGGGAAAUGCCAGUAUGAGAGACAAUUUCCCCAUAAAGAUCGUCACAAGCUCUGCUUAUUUUGCUUAGGUAUUUUCUACAAUCAUACAUCUUUUGCAAUUUUCCAAGCUUUUGUCCUUAAGGCAUUGCAUAGUUGGCUUUCUUCCUUAGCUAUUUAUUUAGAAAACCAGUGACUUAAACUGUUGACCAAAGGCAAUAUGAAAGGAUAUUCCUGGCCCAAUGUUCAGCUGUGUGCAAAGAAGACGGCCAAGAAAGCUUGGUCAGAUUCUUAGGCUGUGCUGCCUCCACCAAAUGCCUCUCUUGAGGCUAGUGAAAGAAUGCCAUUACCACUUUAGUAGCCAGCAUGGAUCUAGCUUCACACAUGUCCAUGGAUGCCUUGCAGAUGUCCACUUCGGAUGUUCAGGAGGAACUGUGGCUGAUGAUUACCAAAGGGGCUAAGAAAUGUUCCUCAGAUUUUAGUGAGGGAAGAAAUACCAACUACAAAGACUGAAUGUCAUCAGAGGUCAGAGCCUCCUAAGAUUUUUAUGGCUGAUGUGCCUCUUAAAAAGAAGCAAACCUCUAAGCAGAUUUCUCCUGCUCCUAAAAACCCUCAGAGUGAAUGGCAAAAUUUUACUCAAGGCCUUUUUAAUUCCCGUAUGGCUUUAAAGCCCUUCACAGGGUUUCUUUUCCUGCUCCUCCUUGGUCUUUUACCCCUCUUAGGAGACCUAGGGAGCAAGACUCCUGGAACAAUGAUGCAGAUUCCAAUGAAGAAUCUUUGACUUAUUCUUCUCAGAUUCCUUUUCCACUGGAUUAUGGUUCUGAGGAAGAAGAGUCUGUAGAAGAGUCUACCGGUCCUGACUCUCCUUUUGAGGAGAUUUCUUUUGGUGACACUAUUUCCUGAAUUAUGGAUUUUUUUUUUUUUAACUGGGGUUGUACUCCAGUGUCUGAUGUUCAGAAGAUGUACUAUUAGCGUCUGCAAAUGGAUUCUCUUAGGCCGUCUGCUGUUCCCCCUGUUCAUGCUGCUUUGCUGGAUACAUUUUCCACUGCUUCUCAUGCUCCUGAUUCUCAACCCCUUGUUGCCCCCAAAAAACUGAUAGAUAAGUACCUGAUGAUUGCAAGUUUCUUUAUAAGUGCUCCUCUGCUGACCCCUCUAUGAUGUCUGUUGCUUCUGAUAAGCCACCCAUACUUUGCCUUCUACAAAAUUGCUCCCCUCUGACAAGGACAGUAGAACUAUGGAGAGGCUGGGUAAUGAAAGUAAGGAAAGAUCUGCUGCCCUUGCCUUUAGGGUUGUGAGCUAUCAGACCCACAUGAGUAGAUAUGUCUUGGGUCUUCUCUGUCAGACCUGUCAGGCUAUAUCAGAUCUUCCUGAUUUUGAGGGGAAGGCUUCUGCUCUUUCAUUGCUAGGGACAUCUUCUCAGGUUGCUCGCCAUUCAUUAAAUGCAGCUAUGAUGCAGCUAAUGCCUCCUCUAGAGCUGCUGCUUUUGAUUCUGUUUUGAGGAGCUAUUCCUUGCUCAGACGUCAGCCUUUCUCUGAUGAUAUAAAGGAAAAAUUAUGGAUGCUUCUCUGGAUAAUAAGCAUUUUUUUGGUGCUGAUGAAUUAUUUAAGUUCCUGCAAGAAAAGCCUAAGGCCAUAUUUGUGUCUCACUUGUUCCCAGAUUUCAACAGAAUUAUCCUAACAGGCCUGCUUUUGUUUGUAGGCAGUCUCGCUUACCACCCCAAAGGCAAGAAGGGUGGUAGAAGAGCUCCUCCGGCUAAGGAUACACAAACUCCUCCUACUCAGAAGUUUCCUUUUCCAGACAAGCCAGGUGCUGUAUGACGAUCCGUGCCCUGCUCUUCUCAGUCAUAUUCCUGUUUCUGUGCAUCUUUCCCCAUCCCUUCCUAUUUGGUUAAAGGAUACCCAAGACUCCUGAGUUCCUUCUGUAAUUCGCAAAGAGUAUUGCAUGGUUUGGAAAUCUCCUCCACCCCUGUUUGGGCAUUCCUCAGCUCCUCAGGAAUAACUGCUUUUUCUUCCAGAGGUACUUCAGGGUCUGCUGGCUCAGGGAGCAAUUCAAGAAGUUCCAGUUCUUCAGAGGGGUAAGGGGUUUUACUCCAGAUUGUUCUUGGUCCACAGGAGUGACGGCACCUGGAGACCCAUUCCUGAUCUUUCUCCACUACGUACCAUUUUGAAGGUUCCUUCCUUUCAGAUGCUUUCCCUUCAAAACUUCCUCUUCUACUUCCUCUGGCUUUCCUAGUUUCCCUGUAUCCUUAAGGAUGCUUGUCUACAUAUUCCCAUUCAUCCCCUUUUCAGGAAGUUUUUACAUUUCUCUGUUGCUUUCUGGCAUUUUCAGUUCUCCACUUUGCCCUUUGGUCUCUCUUCACCAAGUGCCUCCCUCCUGUGAUUGUUUUCUGCAGAUUGAAAGGCAUGCAGAUCUUUCCUUACCUUAAUGACCUACUCAUUCAGGCCUCUUUUCCAGAGAUUUUAAUUCCGCAUCUACACUUUGCUGUUUAUCUCCUGCAAAGCCUAAGGUUUACUGUAAAUUUCCAAAAGUCAUUCCAGACUCCUGCUUAGGAUCACGUUUUUCUAGGGUGUGGGUGCCAGACUGUUCCAGUGCUGGCAUCCCUGCCUCCUCCUAAGGCAUUAACUCUUCAGUUCCGUCUUCCUUUGGCUUGUAUUACAGCCAGGGAGUUUCUGAAGGCUCUGGGUUACAUGGCAUCCACUAUCCCUAUGCUUCCUCUGACCAAGCUCCAUAUGAUAAUGCUCCACUGGUUUCUAAAGUGAGUUUGGCUUCAACAUUGUUAUUCUUUAGAUUUUUUAGUCCUUCUUUUUCCAUGUCUCAAGCUGGAACUUCAGGGGUCGAUUCUUCAGUUGUCCCACAACUCAGGGCUUCCUUUUCAACCUCCAGUCCUCCCCUCAGGAACUCUUCACAGAUGCCUCGGAUGUGGGAUGGAGGGCUUCCUUUGGCUGUCUGAAUGUACAGGGCCUGUGGUCUAUUUGCAAAGGAAAGACCACAUCAGUGCCAAAGAGAUGAGAGCCCUUCUUUUGGUUCUUCAGGCUUUUCAUUUUCUUUUCCUUCCAGGCCCCCUUAGGAUUCUCACAGGCAACACCACAGUCAUGUAGUAUAUCAACAAGCAGGAAGAGUCAAGGUGUUCUCUCUUGUGCAGACUAGCUCUUCAGGUUUGGGAUCUAGCUAUCCAGUAUCAGGUGACACUUUAGGCAGUUUGUGUUCACUCAAGUCAAAACAAUAGUGGCAGAUUCUUUGAGCAAGUCUUUAACACAGUCCCACAAGUGGAUGCUUCACAGUGUUGUUUUUCUGAAUGUUGUCCACCGGCACCAAUGGGGGUACUCCUUAAGUAGAUCUAUUUGUCUCCCAUCUGAACAGAGCACUUUCUGUCUCUUGCACCAGAGUUCAAGUCCCCAGGCCUGGAAGAUGAACGCCCUCUCUUUUUCUUGGAAGGGCAUGUUUCUUUAUGUCUUCCCUCAUACUGAAGGUCCUAUUCAAGAUGUAACAAGAUGCUUUCAAAAUCUUGCUGGUGAUUCCCUUUUGACCCAGAGAGCAUGGUUUCCAUCUUCUUCUGCAUUUAGCCAAGGGCAGUCAUCACAAGUUACCUCAAAGUGUGGACAUACUCACACAAGACAAGGGAUCUCUCAUCCAUCCCCACCUGUCCACUCUUCAACUGACACUGUGGGUGCUAGAAUGUUGAUUCCCUUCAGACACCUUUUUUCUGAAGACAUGCUUUGGGUUCUGCAGGAGGCCAGGAGGCCCAGUACUAAAAAAUCUUAUUUGUCCAGACGGAAGAGAUUUUCCUGUAUGGUGACUUUUACAUAAUCUGGAUCCACUUACUGUGAAUAUUUCUUUUGUUCUCUGUUAUUUGUGUGAUUUGCUCAAUGCUAGGUUGGCAUAGUCCUCUCUUAAGGCCCACCUGUAAGCUAUUUCUGCUUGUCUGCCUUUGGCUUCCCCUUUGGCCUCCAGAUUUGAGGCCAAACAAUUUCUUAAAGGCAUCCUUCACAUUAGACCUCCCAGGAAGCCUGUCCCUCCUUCCUGGGACCUUCAUUUUGUUUUAGAAGAACUAACUCAGGCUCCUUUUGAGCCUGCAGCUUCAGCUUCCUUACAGCAUUGUUCUUGGAGGACUGUUCUUCUUUUGACCCUUACUUCUGCCACAUGGGUGUUUGAGCUGCAAGCCCUUAUGGCUUUCCCUACUUUUUUGUUUUUUCAUAAGGAUAAGGAUGUCUCUGUACUAAUCCUUCUGUUAUGAACAAGGUGGUGAACGAGUUGCCAGUCUAUUCAUUUGUCCACUUUUUUCCCUUCUCCUCAAUCUGCUAGUGAAAAGGUUCUUCACACCCUGUAUUUGCAAUGACAACUCUGAUAUUAUUUAGAUAAAACUUAAGCCAUUCAUAAAUCUGAGCAGCGUUUUGUUUCUUUUCAUCCUAGGUCUUUAGGUUUGGCUGUUUCCAAGCAAACCAUUUUUUUUUUAUUGGAUAUCUAAAGCCUUUUCUUUUUGUUAUUCCUUCCAUGGGAAGAUUCUUCCUUCCUCUAUUAAGGUUCAUUCUACUAGAGCUAUGACUUCUUUUCAUGCCCUUUUCAAGGUUCUGGAAACCUAAUUCUCUUCUUGGAGCAGCUUCCUGGUCUUCUGUGCAUACCUUUACCAAACACUAUAAGUUAGAUGUGAUUUCUAGGGCCAGAGCUGGUUUUUCCAGGGACAUUCUUCAUAGCUUUUUUGAGGGUUCUGCUGGCCCUUCCUCCUCCCAAUCUUCUUUCCAAGCUAUUGUACUUUCCCUAUUGUAAAGAACACUGUAACAGUGAUAUGGAAGGACAUAGUACAAUUGUGUGAAAUCUUACCAUAACACUAGAUGUCCUCCUCUUCACUGUUGCAGUAUGUGCUUCCUCCCCCUCCCCCUGGUUGUGUUUCCUUCUGGAUGUAUUUGUUUCCUAAUGGUGUAUUUAGGCUGUCAUUCCUAUAAGUUUAUAGAUAGAUUAGUACUAGGCUAAUUGCCUUUGUGGGCCAUUUUAAGCCUAGCCAAUUACCCCAUGUGAGAAUUAAACCCUGCACCUUCUGUUUGUAAGGUAAAUACCUUAACCGUUAUGCCAACUUCCCACUACUGGGGCUUUUUCACUUCUGAGAAUGGUACAUUCACAUGUCACCUUCAUGCCCAACACCAUGUGCGGGAAGCGUACAUGUGAAGUACAGCAUACCCAUUAUAACCUAAAGGCUUUAGUAUAUUGGCUGGACAUUGGGCUGUGCUAGGCAGGUAAUCCAUGUUGUAAAGAAUACUGCAACAGUGAAGAGAAGGACAUCUACUGUUAUAGUAAGAUUUUACACAACUGUACUUUCUCUGAUCAGUAUUGCAUUUUGCAGCUAACACCUGCUACUGUUCAUGUUUGUCAUUACACGUAUUUGAAUAUCACUGAUAUUGCUAAAUCCUCUAAAGGUUUACUGUGUAGCUUCCAGUGUAAUAACCAGUAGAGAGAAUAUUAUUAGUGUUAACACCAGACUUGCAGAAUUAUAUUGUAUCCAUUAAAAGAUUCAUUCAUACAAAGCAAUUCUUCUUAAUAAUUUACAGUAAAUGUAUUGUGGAUAAGGUUACCUUGUCUACUGAGAACAGCAAUGAAGGGGGUAACACAAGUUAUGUCAAGAUAUCAAAACUGCAAGUUGUUAUUGUACUUGACAUUUUGACUAAGUGUACACAUUUGUAUAUUGCAUGUAAUAUACAUAUACAUACAAAAAUGUUUACCUUGGAAUCUAGGUUAUAGUUUAUAGUCUCAGCUUUAUCUUAUUGCAGCUAUUAGUGAUUUACUCUAUAAAUCCUUAAACUAUUUAUAUAUGUUUUUCUGCAAUAUCCAGCAUGAUUUUACAGACUGCUUUACUUCGGGUAUCUUUACAAUAUUGAGGCUGUAUUAAUGGGGGUUCAGACUACAGAGAAUGCUGUGAAAUUAUUUCUAAUUAUACAAAAAUAAAUUGCAUCAUUUAA